GAAAUUUAUAUUAUAAAGUACACACAUUUUACUAACUACCUAUUUAUUUUGUUUAGACCCACGUGAAUCACCUAAAUAAUUUAAAAAACAAAGCACUAAACCCUAACUAAUAAUGAAGCUAUUUGCUAUAAAAACGUUGUGCUGCGCAUACCUCUUAAAUUCUUGCACCAAAACUAAUUCAGCACUAAUUAAGAUCAUGGCUUCACUCUCCCUAACACACCCGCUGGUAAUAACCAGUACUUCAAUAUGUGCACCAACUAUUCGAACCGGCCCAUUUCCCACCAACAAUAUUAAUCAAGCUAGCUUUGUACGUAGAAUUAUUUCAUGCAAAGCCAGUACUACUCCAUCCGAGGGCAGUAGUAGCAAAUUUGAUAGGAGAGACAUGCUGAUAGGUCUUGGAGGACUGUACGGGGUAGCUGGCCUUGCCUCAAAUCCAUUGGCCUCCGCAACCCCAGUUGUAGCACCUGACUUAUCAAAAUGCCACAACCUGAAAGAUCCGCCCCUACAUCCACCCUUAGAUCCAGCUGACGUCAAGUGUUGCGCCCCAUUCUCCGAUAAGAUUAUUGACUUCAGACCAUCUCGGCCUAGCCGAAAAUUACGUAUUCGCCCCGCGGCUCAGUGGCUGGACCAUGAAGAGAUAGCCAAGUACAAGAAAGCCGUAGAGCUCAUGAAAGCACUCCCUCAGGACGAUCCGAGAAGUUUCAUUCAACAAGCCAAAGUUCAUUGUGCUUACUGUAAUGGCGCUUACGAUCAAGUCAACUUUCCUAGAGAGUACAUUCAAGUUCACGACUCCUGGCUCUUCUUUCCUUUCCACCGUUGGUACUUGUACUUUUAUGAGAAAAUCUUGGGGAGCUUAAUCAACGAUCCCACUUUCGCUUUACCAUUCUGGAACUGGGAUGACCCUUCUGGCUACAAGAUACCAUCCAUAUUCGUCGACCCUACCUCUUCGCUUUACGAUGAGAACCGAAACCAAACUCACUUGCCUCCAGCCUUAGUCGACCUUGACUACACAGAAAAAGAAGUUGGCCACGACAUACCCACAACCGAAGCAGAGCAAACUAAAACCAAUCUAAAAGUCAUGUAUCGAUCCAUGGUCUCUGGAGCCAAAAAUCCAACGCUAUUUUUCGGCAACCCUUAUCGGACUGGUACUCCCCCAAAUCCUGGAGCAGGUACCGUCGAGAACGUUCCACAUAGUCCUGUUCAUAUAUGGACCGGGGAUAACAGACGGUCUAAUGGAGAAGACAUGGGACACUUCUACUCUGCUGGACGAGAUUCCGUCUUUUACAGUCACCAUGCUAACGUUGACCGAAUGUGGAACAUCUGGAAAUCUCUCCCGGGACCCAAAAGAGUGGAUAUAUCUGACCCAGACUAUCUCAACUCCACCUUCGUCUUCUACGACGAGAAUGCUCAGUUGGUUCGCGUUAGGGUCGGAGACUCACUGGACAGUAGAAAAUCAGGUUACGUUUAUGAAGAUGUUCAUAUUCCGUGGCUUAAGUCAAAGCCUAGAGCUACUAAGUCAAAGAUCGUUAAACUGUUGAAAAAGCACGGUAUUACACGUGCUGCAGAUGUUAAUAUAACGCCGCUUAGCCAAUUCCCGAUAACGUUGGAUAAGACGGUGACGACAGUGGUGCCGAGGCCAAAGAAAUCGAGAAGCAAGUUCGAGAAGGAGGAUGAAGAGGAGGUUUUGGUAAUUCAAGACUUUGCUAAUAACGUGGCCGUCAAGUUUGACGUUUACAUUAACGACUAGGAUGACGAAGCUAUUAGCGGUCCUGAGAAGUCUGAAUUUGCUGGGAGUUUCGCUACGGUGCCACAUAACCCUGAAGGUGGUCAUAACAUCAAGACGGAGCUGAAUUUGGGGAUAUCUGAGCUUUUGGAGGAUAUCGGAGCUGAUGAUGAUGAUAAGGUCAUAGUUACUUUGGUUCCCAAGAGUGGUUUGGGCAAAGUUAAGAUUGAUGGCAUCAAGAUUGAUUUCAUUUCUUGA